CUGCGAGGAUCGCGUGGGCGACCGCUAUUUUGCAAACCCUUACCGGAAGUACUUCUCUUCUUCGCUCUAGCUUGACUCAGCUGCUGUCAACGUUUGUUGCGGUGAAACCUCCGAGCUGUCACAGCAAGCGUCGGUUGAUCCCACAGUCAUGCCAUCUAGUCAUGUCUCGCAGAAGUUCUCGCCUGGUUUCUGGUGGCUACUAUAACUCAGAUGAAGAAUCUGACUCAAGCAGCGUGACCAAUAUAUCCAUAUCGUACCGUGAAAACCCUGUUAAGGUUUUCAAGAAGAAGGCCGGGACCCGCAAGCCCACCUCCCGUACCUCCAGCAGAGCCAACAGCAAUGCUAGCUCUGCUGCCCCUGACACACCUGUCACUCCAGUCCCAUCUCCAUUAAGCAUUGAGAGCCAACCUACCAUGAGGACCGUACCUUUCACCCCAUCUACAGCCACCCCGCGGCCUGCCCUGACCCCAUCAUCAUCAUCAACCCCGAGGCAGACACCCCCUCGUUGCCACUUAGCAUCUCCAGGAAACAGCUCUCCUGCAGGGCACUGCAGCUCUAGCACGCCAGGAUUACACUUUAGACCCAGCCAUAAGGAGCUGAGUCAGAGUGGCGUGGACAGCUCAGGGUACUCGUCCUCUGAGGGUACUUACAGGAAGCCCAUGGCCGCCCCCUGCAGCACUGGUAGAGUCAGCAGUAACACUGGGGAUCCCAAUACUGGAUACAGAAGCAGAAUCAAAAGUGCCUUCAACAGCCUGAGCGACUCAGCCCUGAUGCUCGGUGCGACAGUAUGUGCAAAAACCCAUGAUGUGGCAGUGUUAGCUAAUUCUCUAAUCAGCAGUCGCAUGAAGAAGGCUUGUGGUUUGGCUCUCCUGCUACUCCUCAUCUUACUUUUAUGUCUUUGGUUGUUCCUUCCCUUGCUCACCUCUUUCAUCUCCCGCAUGAAUGUCACAAAGAGCCCAUCGCAGACACAGCCUGUUGUCCCUGCUACUCCUCCUCCUCCUCAACCCAACAACAUCUAUUCCAAACCUGUGGUGGAUCCUACCAUUGUGUCUGCUGUAGUAGAUGAAAAGAUGCAACGUCUUCUGGUGGAGCUGCAGAUGAAGCAGGAGCUGCUUCUCUCCCAGAUGAAGGAGAAACUCCAGCUAGAAAUGCGCGAUAUGAAGGCCAAACUUGAGGCCACAGACUCCGACGGUCAGCAGCAUCUGGAGCAGGAGGUCGCAGGGUUGAGCAGGCGGAUGGCAGAUUAUCAGUCAGACAGCAGCACUGCUGCUGCCAGCCUCAGCCUCAGAAUCCAAGCUUUAGAGGAUCAGAAUAAUAAGCUGGCCCAGGAGUUGUCAUCCAUCCAGGUGAUGCCUCCUCCAGCCCCCUGCCCUGAUCCUACCAACACACCCAUACACAAUCACCUUACACCUGAGCUCCAACAGGCCAUGGAGAAGUGGCUCACUGACCGCAUCAAGGAGCAGGAUGCGAUCAGGCUCAGCAACACUGGAAGCUGCGCAGACUGUGGACGUCCCAUGGCUGAUAAAGUGGCUGACUUUGCCCUGGAGACUCAAGGUGCCAGUGUGAUCAGUACCAGGUGCUCAGAGACGUACCGUAUUCGUUCAGCAUGUGUGACCCUGUUUGGUUUCCCUCUCUGGUAUCCAUCUGAAAGCCCACGCACUGUCAUUCAGGGUUACCCAGUGCUGCUUCCAGGGAAAUGCUGGGCGUUUCAUGGUGUUCAGGGGACACUUGUGAUCUCUUUGUCCCACCCCAUACGGAUAACUCAUGUGACACUGGACCACCUGCCACGCUACAACUCUCCCACUGGCCGAAUUGACUCAGCUCCCAAAGACUUUGAAGUCUAUGGGAUGGAAAACGAUACAGAAGAAGGAACACUGCUGGGGACGUUCACUUACGAUGAAUAUGGAGAGCCAACGCAGACGUUUAAGAUUCCUAAUCCGAGCGACAUUGUUUACAGAGUCGUGGAGCUGAGAGUUCUCAGUAACUGGGGUCACGUCGAGUAUACGUGUCUUUACCGCUUCCGCGUGCACGGGAAGAUCGCCACCACGUGAGGCUUGAGACUCACUCAGACUUGUUGAUGCGAAGCUUUGCUGGUCUCAGGGCCAAAUGCUACUGAAAAAGUGUUUCAGUGUUCACACGCACACCUCUUUGUUUCAGCUGUGUUUUACUGGUGUUUUUGUAACUGCUUGAUAUUAAAGGAUAAAAACGUGUAAGACCCUUGUUGUGCAGUGCACAUUUAGCUUGCCAUCACCAGUGUGUGAAUGUGUGCGUGAAUGGGUGGAUGACUGGAUGUGUAAAGCGCUUUGGGGUCCUUGGGACUAGUAAAGCGCUAUAUAAAUACAGGCCAUUUACCAUUUGCUUUGAUAAAAGUUUCUAAAAAACAAAAGUCUACAUGGAAGUUUAAGGUUCUGGCAACUUUAUGCUUCAAUUAUGUGAUUGUGCCACAAGAUCAUUUUGAAGCUUUUCUUAUUACAAACUAUUAUUAUUAAUAAUCUUUUUCCUACUUUGCAUGUGUACAGCACUCCAUCCCACCUGGGAGCUCCCUGUUAAAAUAACAUCUCUUUCCGUUUUGUCGCUGGGAAGCCACAGAGGACUUGAGUGUUAAACACCUUGCUCAGUGGCACAGUGACAAGUACUAGAAACAGUCUCUUAUUUUAUUUACUUGUCCUGGUUUCCAUAGCUGGUUUUUGGCUUUAUUCAUCUUUCCAUCUUAGACCACAAAAGAAAUGAAGUGACGUUAACGAAAGCUCAUUUCUAACACGCUCUGUUCAUUCAUGGGAAUUUAAAUGAGUCUCAGUAUUUUAUGUUUUUACAAUAAAAACACAAAAAAAUCAAGUUUGUCCAGCGCUCAGUCACAUAUGUUGCCUGAUACCUGAACAGGUUGAAAACACUGUUUUGUUUUGUUUUGGGGUUUUUUGGAUUUUUUGUUUGUUUAUUUUGAGGCUGAGGUGACAUCAGCAGGUGGAAAAACACAGAGGGCAGCAGUGAAUGUUUUCUAAUCAGCAGUGUUUGAUGUUCUUAAAGGAAAAUGUAAUUUCAUAUCCCUAUGAAAGGUAAAAUAUGCAGCUUGGUAACAUUUCCCUUUCAGCGAGUUUUGACACAUCAGUGUGGAUUUUCCUUCUGGUACUUGAAUACUUGAAAAGCUGUUUUUCUAACCUCUUUGACAGACGUCGUGUUGAAGCAAUGACAGCUUUGUUUUUUACUCUGUACAUAAUGCUUACAUUUGUAUGAAAUGUUUAACCAGGAUAGAAAAAAGUGCUAUUUAUUCAUAAAACAGAAAUUCUUUUUGCUCCGUCCAUUUUGUAGGACCAGCUCGAGAAUCAUUUUGAAUUAUUGUCAAUUAUUAUGUCAGACCUUUGGAUUGUGUCAUUCAAAACCCAGAAAACACAAUUUCACACAAUGACAUUGCAGAAUUUUUGUUUUUAUUUGUUGUACAUUUAGACAGAAGAUGAGAGAAAGUAUCAUUUACAGAAUGACGUGAAAUGUUCUUCCUGAUUUCAAGCAGUUCAGAUUUGGAUAACUUAACAAAGGAUUUCAGAAGUAUUAUUAUUAUUUGUGUUUUGUCUAUUUAAUAGAUGCUGAUAUGUACAAGUUGUUAAACAAAGGAGACACAGUGUCAUUAACACACGUUUUCAAAAAGUAAUGUUAAAAUGAAAUGAAGAUAUAUUUUUGCAUUGAUGGCUGUUUUAUAAAUGAUUGUUUACAUUCCUAACAAGCUUAAUAACCACUCUCCUGGUGUACUGCGGGCUAUAGAUAAACUGAACAUAAUUGUAGACAAUACAAUACGCGCAAUAAUACACGCUAAUUCUGUUAAAUGUGUUCAACAUGUUCACUUACAGUUUUCACUUUAAUCCUUAAAUAGCUUGAUUUUGCAUAACUAAACAUUACAACAUGUCUAAUAGACUCACAUUUGUUUAAAAAUGUAGGUAUUGAUGGGAGUCUAGAGCCUCAGAGUGUAUCAUUCCUCUUAUUUGACCAGUGUUAAGGUUUAGGUGAUCAAUCAGGUUCAUUUUCUCUUGCACAAAUGUUAAAUUGUGUUUUUUACGAUCAAGCAAAACACCAAAAACAUUUGUUUUCCAUUUGGAUUUUAGAAAUAUCGUCUCACACGGAGCCCUAUAGUGUUCUGCAUUUGGAUAUUUGUGUUCUAAAAUAAAACAAUACAAUAUG